AUGCUGCGCGCCGUGCUUCUCCUCUCCCUCCUCGGGUUCGCCCGGGGGUGCAGGCCCACGGUGACGUGCGACGAGGCUUCAUCCGUCGGAGGAACCUCCGUGUGCCACGCCACGUGGGUCUGCACCUUCCAACCCACCGUCCCGGGCGCCUCCACUCCGCUCAAGUUCUACAUCGACUCGGGCGUCGUGGACGGGACGGGGCUCCUCUUCAACUUCAGCCGGGCUCCGGGUUCGCUCAUCGGCGGGACGUACGGCGGAACCCCGUCGUGCACACCCGCGGGUUGCGACACGAACGAUAUAUCGCUCACGUUCCAGAGCGAGGACCUGCAGGCGUCGUACACCACGGGCGAGUGCGAGGUUGGGGACACCCCGGCCAAGUGCAACAUCGAGUCGACUCGCAAGAACCCCAUCCCGUCGACGCCGCCGCUUCCCUUCGUCACCGCGAGGGUGCGGUGCGCCAAUCAGGUGCUGCCGUGCAUCGGGAUGAAGGCCACCGUGGUCGUGGACUUCAACGCGGACGUGGCGUGGCCGGAGCCCCCGCCGUCGCCGCCGUCGCCGCCGCCGCCACCGUCGCCGCCACCGUCGCCCCCGUCCCCACCCCCGUCGCCGUCGCCCCCGCCGAUGGCUCCCCCGUCCCCGGGGACGUUCGCGCGCGGUGGUUCGGGAACCAGGGCGUUCGGUGUCGUUGCCACCGCGCUCGUGGUCCUCGGCAUGACGUACGCCGUCGUCGGAUACGUCUACGUGAGGUACAUGGUUCGCGACGAGCUCCCCGGUUGGACGUGGCUGGAUCGAUUCAGGUUGGCGCUUCAGCCGUGGCGGUGCGACGAGGAGCUCGCGAACGGCGGCGGCGAGGGCCUGCGCGGGGAGUGCGAGCUGCUGUGGUGCUGGUGUGUGCCGUGGUACUGGAGGCACAGCGAGGCGGACGCGGAGGCGGCGUUCUUCGCGUAUCAUCCCGUCGAGGACAACUAG